CGCCAUGAAUCUAAGCCCUGUUGGGGGCCCCCCGGUUUGUACUCCACGUCAGAAGAAGCCGACUUGAAACAAAUUGCGCGCGCUGUCACGCCAGAUGGCGGAACACGUGCAGGAGGAACGAGGAAUGACGGAGGACGGAGAACGCAAGAGGCCUAAAGAUCACGAGAAGAGGGCGAGGAUCGGGCAAAUCCUCGGCAGCAUGACGUGAAGUACCACGCUGGGCGUGCACUCUAGGAAAGCAACCACAAGCCAACUAACAGCCAGAAUAUAGGCUCGCGGCGUCUGUCUCAAAACAGCCUCGAAGCUCAGUCAAUGUCGCUGAGCGCGCAGAGCACCAGGCAACAAAAUUGUGCAAGCACCUCGGUUGCAUUCACAUGCCAAGUGAAAUCAUGAUCCACUGGCAUCGUGAGAAGAUCACGCCAUGACAAGCAUUGCGAAGGAGGGACACGGGGGCAAUAGAAAACGGACGAAAAGGGGGAAGGAGGAGGGAGGACAAGGAGGGAAGGAGGUGCAAGUAAAGGAGGUGAGGCGAGGCUAACUCUCGCUCAAGUGCUUAACGCGCUGGUGUUUCGCCAGGUCCGCGCCACUCAGAACACCAUCGCAACAAUAAUGGUCCCGCGCCGCCACAAGAAGCACGCAUCGAGACCGAUGAUGAAGUUCCAAUAUGUGUGACCAAGCCUGUACCCGAUCUGGACCAACAUCUUGGAAAAUAACAACGGGAACACUGCCUUGCCAUAAACACGGAAGUCGCAGGCGUAGUUACGGCGAUCCUACCAGCAGUGGGUCUCGUAAUGUGCUACGCCAGCGCCAAUUUCGGCCCCAAUCGUUGCGAGGUCAGACGAGAAGGUACCAAAGUCCAGGCCAACGUAAGCUUCUAUUCCCAUUCUACAGUUGAUCGUGAAUGGGAAUUCGUUUCCACAACUAUUUCCCAGGCCAUCGGCGAUGCCGCCAGAGAUGCAGACGCCGCCGUCGAGUGGUUUCGGCACCGCGAAAGCCCACGCUUUGGCGCACCCGCCCCCUGCAACCGCGAGGGUGCCCGCCGAAAGCACCCAGAGCUGGAUCUGCACAGCGAUGGCAAACUUGCACGGCGGGUUACUGUCGAUGGGGUCGCAGGUGGUGCCCGACCUAGGCCAUCAUACAGAGAACACGCAGCCUGGCCCGACGUUUAGGGCUAGACAUUUCAAGUCCAGUCAGAGGCGCCUGCUUACAGCUGGGCUGUCGACCCCGGGCAUGUGUAGCAGCCCUUCCCCCUUCUCGAUCUCGUCGCCAGGGACUGGCCACGUGGAGCUGAACAGGAUCAUGCCUGUCCUUGGCGGACUCUCUAAGUUCAGGAUGCGAGCCAGCUAAACACGCGCGCCAUCAUCGAGAUCCACGAGGUCAAGCUAAUUAACUUGAACCAUCCGAAAACUUGGACACCACGGGCAUGGGUGGCCCAAGAUCUGUUUCCUGCUUGAGAGCGCCGUUUGGAAUCGUCGCUACCUUCAUCACAUCCUCCUGCUCCUCGAAGUCGCAGUCCUCGUCAAACUAGUCGCCUACUGAAAAACGCCGGGCGGCACUGGUCACGAUCUCCUCGCACUCCUGGAGAAUGAUUGCGGCGGGGCUCGUGCCGCACUCACGAACACUGGGUACAGCCGUCUCGAAAAUGCAAGCCGAAAGCAAAUUCAAGUCUGACGUUGCACAGAUGUCCUCUGUUGCUACGGCAGCUUAAGAGAUCGCCUUCACCACAUCUGGACAGAAACUCUCGCACACGUCCGCCAUCGCCAAUGGGUAUGCGGAUUUCCGAACGUACUCUGCGAAAUCCGAAAGGGGGCCUCCAGCUUGCUCGACCGCAGCCAACAAGUCCUAACCGGCGUUGUUCGCACUGCUGUUUUCGCCUCAUUCUGCCUCGUUUUCGUCGAUCAUCGCGACGUAGAACUGGAGGGCCCCCUGAUCGAGAGCAUCGGGCUCGACAUCGCAGGCAGCACGAAUCCGUUUCUGUAGAUAACAAGCUCGCCUUGAUCUUGCUCCGUUUCCAGGCACGUCAUGACAUCAUCCCAAAGAGAGCCCUUGCCCAUGCUUCCAACGAAGGCCUCUGCAGCGCUGUCAUCUGCAUCCGUUCACGAUCACUCUCGAGAAGGGGAAGGGCAAUUGACGCCCCUGGUCUCGAACAAGAAAG